AUGGAUGACUCGAAUCGGUCGACGAAUAGGCAUGAUAUUGAUCAUUUGGGUGUGAACAAGAUGGGGAAAAAUAUACGAAAAAGCCCAAUACACCAACCCAAUUUUAAUAAUUCUGCUAGGCAACAACCUCAACCUCAGGUUUACAAUAUAAACAAGAAUGAUUUUCGGAACAUUGUUCAGCAGCUGACGGGUUCGCCUUCGCAUGAACCACUACCUAGACCUCCCCAGAACCCACCCAAAUCACCUAGCAUGCGGUUACAGAGAAUCCGGCCUCCUCCACUGAACCCAAUAAAUCGACCCCGAAUCCCCAUCCAUCCCCCCGCACCACCACAGCCGCCCACAAUGGUUCCUUAUGUUAACAACUUUGAUAGACCACCUGCUCAUUUUGGUCAACCCUCGCCCACUAUGUUGCCGCCAUUGACUCCGAGUGAUUCUUUUUGGCCAAAUACAGCUGAGUCUCCUGUUUCAGCUUACAUGCGUUACCUUCAAAAUUCCUUCAUAGAUCCAGGGCCAAGACAAACUCAACCUCAUCUUCAACCAUUUCCUCAUUCACAGCCUCAAUUUCCGGGCCAACUUCCAGCCCAUCCACCACCAUCUGGGUUAAUUCCUAACCCAGCUCUGCCUCCUCUCCCGUCUCCUAGGAUGAAUGGUCCUCCUCCUUUUCCAUCCCCUAGGAUGAAUGGUCCUCCUCCCCCUCUUCCAUCUCCGCGGUCGAAUGGUCCUCCUCCUCUUUUACCCUCUCCCACUUCUCAGUUCCUUUUGCCCUCGCCUACUGGUUUCUUAAACUUGUUAUCGCCCCGAUCACCUUAUCCACUGCUUUCUCCUGGGUAUCAGUAUCCUCCCCCACUGACACCAAAUUUUUCGUUUUCUCCAAUGGCUCAGUCGGGCAUAUUAGGUCCUGGACCUCAACUACCGCCUUCCCCUGGUUAUGGAUUUCCAUUGUCUCCGUCAGGAUUUUUCCCCAUUUCAAGCCCGAGAUGGAGGGAUCAAUAG